AUGAACAAAAAAUCAAUUUUUUUGUGGUCAAUUGAACGAAAUCAAAUUGUAGAAGGUUAUAUGUUUGGAACAAUUCAUGUACCAUUUACCGAAGUCUGGGAGCAAGUGUCAGAAAAAGUCAAAAUAGCUUUUGCACGAUCAGAUUCCGUAGUCUUUGAAUUGGAUUUAUACAACGCAAACACAAUCAAGCGAUUGAUGGAGUGCAAAAACAUUCCUGGGGGUGAUAUGAAAUUGUACCGAAAGCGUUUGGAACAAGAGUACCGCAAAGUCGAAAGAUCAGAAACAAAAGAAGAACUGAGGAAACAUUUUCGAUUUUUGUUUGAAAAUAUAGCCGGAUGGGAACGACGACGACCAGUCUGGUUGCUAUUUUUGUUGUAUCAGCUAAGCGAAAAGCACGUGUAUAAAGAACAAACACCGAUGCUUGACUUAUUCCUCGCCCAAUAUGCUCUUGAACUCAACAAGAAGCUUUUCUCGAUAGAAACUGCAGCUGAGCAGUGUAAUCCAUUACGUUCAAUGCGUAUAGACCAGGUGGUAUUUGCAAUAAAUUAUACGCUAUCAUAUUUGGAAUCUGAGCAUCAGCUAAUGAUCAAAGGAAGACAAUCAAAUAAUAGCGGUAUUAGUAAUCUAAUUAACAGUUAUAAGUGUGGCUCUUUGGAUGAAUCUCUGUUUAAUGCCGAUUCCAAACGGUUUAUGAGUCAUGGAUUCAGCAUUAGUGCUGAACUUGACAAAAAAGCUCAAGAAAUUGAUAUCCAACUUCGGGAAGAUAUCAUAGAACGACGUAACGUCCGAAUGGCUGAUCGAAUAGCCAAAUUGCUACAGUGGAAAGCUGGAAAUCAGUACUUCUUCGCUUUAGGAGCUGGUCAUUUUUUGGGUCAUAAGUCGAUUUUGGCUCUUUUGAAAUCUCAUGGCUUCAUUACAAAAGCUGUUUCUGAAGACGAUGACAUAAGUUUCCGAGAUUACACGAAUAACAAGAGAGUAUACGUAUUCAAUGAAUUAUGGGUACGAGAUGGAAAUUUCAAAGAUGUUUCUGCAAUUGAUGUCCUGCUUACUGUUAAUGAAUUACCAAGAAGCAAAGCCAAAAAAAACCGAUCUCAUGGUGUUGCUUUCAUCACGACUACUAUGUUUUUAUUUUUUCUGUAA